GUGCAAAAUGAGCGCAAGAAGGACGCCAACCACAAAGUUCGAGGCGGAACUUUCUGGCGCAAAAGAUAAGCGACAACAUCAACUGUCGGCUGCCUGCAAAAUGCAAGUAAAAGUUGUUCUUCACAGACUCUCAGGUUGGUUCACCGAUUCGGGAAAUAAUAUUCAUUUAUUGUCCACGUGGUGUUGAAUUUGAAUUGAACGAUGAGCAUUCACCAAGGCCUCCCUGUUUAAAUGAAUUGGGCGUCUAUAGUUUUUAUUCUUAAAGAUCAUCCUUUAUUGAUACCCGUAGGGAAAUUUGAACCCUGACGUCGCGAGAGAUAACUACCCGUCUUCAAGUUUUGCACAAAGGAAAGACCAAAAAAUAUUUCAAGGAUUUUCUUGUUUCAGAAAUCAGGGUUUCCCCUAGGAUUUUUUAAAACUGUGGUGGUGGGGUGCAUCGGAGUCGGACAGCCUCUCCAUGUCGUUUCACGGCAAAUGUUUUUCUCUUGAAAAUUCCUGAAAAUAGAGCAAUGCUGUAUUUUUGCCCUUGCCUCCUGGCGCAAAUUCAUUCAAACUUUGCCUUCCGUCCACCGCUCACUUUCAUUACAGUAUUUUGGAUCAGACUUUUCGGCGAGAGUAAGCGGUGGACAGCCGUCUUGGACGGAACAGUAAGUUUGAAUGAAUUUGCGCCGAGAGGUGGGGCCCAAGAGCGCUGCCGCGCAAACGUCAAAUGCGCCUCCAAAGCAGAUGGGCAGGUGUACUUAUAUCUGUGCUAUUCGACUGUUUCGGCGGACGGAUACGCAAUCAUGGCUGAUGAAACCUUGAUAAAUGUGCUUUUUUUUCCCGCAAGCUCUGGGACACUCAAAAAAUGACUCUUACCUCUCCUUGCUAAGCUAAAUAGUACCUCGAUGUUUGUUUAUGUGGAAAUGUAGUUCACGGACAACAACAAAAAACGAUUCACCUUCUCACCGAAACUAGUAACUCUUUACAUGGGUAUUAGAAUUACCCCUCUACUCCUUGAAAUGGGUCAAGGCAAGGCAAAUUUAUUUAUAUAGACCAAUUCAACACAAGGCAAUUCAAAGUGCUUUACAUCAUAUGAAGAUCAUAAAAGACAAAGAAGGACUAUUAUUGUUGUGGUUUCAGCAAAUAUCUUGGUCCUGAGUGGCAGGGGUCUGAGUCUCCUGACAUUCAAGAGGAAGUUGAGCAUCCGCAAAUGAAACAGGAAAAGCCAGAACGCCCUCAACAGCAAAAGAGAGAAGUACAACUUGCAAUCAAAAAGGAGGAGGUAGAGUUGCCAAACGUUAAAGAGGAGGAAGAUAUCACCAUGUCCACUGGUGAGCCCUUGAAUAGCGAGUAUGGUCUGAGUGAGCCCAGCAGAGGGACGGAGCCUCCAAGCAGCAGCUCAAAAGAUGGACUGGAAGCACACAUUUUCAUCGCACCAUCAGAUAGAAAUGGCGGCACGUCACACUCACCUUACAAAGAUGAUGGUCAUAAGAAAUCUCACUGUGUGGAAACCUUUGCUAAUAACUAUACUUGUCGUUUGCAUAUGAAGAGCCACACUGGUGAAAAUCGUCUUGUCUGCUCAGAUUGUGGUCAAAAAUUCAGUUCCAAGAACACUUUAAAAAAUCACACAAGAACUCACACUGGUGAAAAACCUUUUCCCUGCUCAGUUUGUGGUCAAAGAUUCGGUCGAAAGGGCAGCUUAAACAGACACACAAGAACCCACACUGGUGAAAAACCUUUUCCCUGCUCAGUUUGUGGUCAAGGAUUCAGUCUUAAGAGUAACUUAAAAGUACACACAAGAACCCACACUGGCGAAAAACCUUUUUCCUGCUCAGUUUGUGGUCGAGGAUUCAGUAAUAAGAGUGCCUUAAAAGUACACACAAGAACCCACACUGGCAAAAAACCUUUUUCCUGCUCAGUUUGUGGUCAAGGAUUCACUCGAAAAGAUAACUUAAUCGAACACACGAGAACCCACACUGGCGAAAAACCUUUUUCCUGCUCAGAUUGUGGUCAAGAAUUCAUUUAUAAGAGUGCCUUAAAAGUACACACAAGAACCCACACUGGUGAAAAACCUUUUUCCUGCUCAGUUUGUGGGAAAAGAUUCACUCAAAUUACAGACUUAAAAGUACACACAAGAACCCACACUGGUGAAAAACCUUUUUCCUGCUCAGUUUGUAGAAAAAGAUUCACUCAGAAGACCACCUUAGAUGCACACACAAGGACCCAUACAGGUGAAAAACCUUUCGUCUGCUCAGUUUGUGGUCAAGGAUUCAGUCUUAAGAGUAGCUUAAAAGUACACACAAGAACCCACACUGGCGAAAAACCUUUUUCCUGCUCAGUUUGUGGUCAAGGAUUCUCUCAAAUUCAACAAUUAAAAGUACACACAAGAGCCCACACUGGUGAAAAACCUUUUGUCUGCUCAGAUUGUGGAAAAAGAUUCACUCAGAAGGGCGCCUUAAACACACACACAAGAACCCACACAGGUGAAAAACCUUUUUCCUGCUCAGAUUGUGGUCAAAAAUUUGCUCGCAAGGAUCGGCUUAAGAGACACGUGUGUAUUGGUGUGAGAAGCAGUGGCCAAUGACUGUUUUGUUUGUCAUACAUACUACCUUCAUUAGAUUGUGCACGCAGGUCAAUUGUAGUUUGUUGAGUUUCCUCAAAUCCUGUUGAGGAUGGGCAGUAUUGGUGCCUUACAUGUGAUUUGUCCAAACCUUGUAUGACGUGGAUCCACACGGUUGCCAAAAAUACUGGCUCACCUGAUUUAACUCUCAAGUUGAGUGGCAUUAUUUAUACAAUACUCUCUCGCUUUCAAACUACACUUUUCACAGCUAAUAUUUGAAACGGUAGACCCCAAAUUACAAAAUGUCUAAAUCAUUCAUCAAUAGUAUAAUAAAGAUGCAAAAUUAUGAUUGGUUCACAAUUAUUAGUUUUUUUGGGGAUGGUGAUUAUAAUUUAAAAAGUCACUAUUUCUACUCUUGCCUGACAGUUGCUGUUACAACAGAAUAUUGCGGACAAAUAAAGGGUGGGGGGAAAAUGACAAGAUUUUACUCUUACUACAAGGAAAAAAAGUAUUAUUACAUAGGAGUAAUGUAACUGAAUAAGGGGCUGCAUACUUUAUGUACAUGCACCUUAGCUGGGAGCUCAGACAAAGUAUUCGUACAAAUCCUUCGAUGGAUUAAAAUUUCAUGUAGAUGAGCUAAAAGGUAACGGAUUUCCUUACCUUUUAAGGAAAUCCGUUACUCCGUAUUUAUUCCGUAUUGUUUUUGAAUGAAUGAAUGCUUUAUUUUGGACAUUUGAAAAUAAAAUUUAAAAAAAGACAAAACCAAUGAUAAUACUUGAGAUAACAAAAACAAUGUUUAAGACGAUAUUAAAAAUGAUAUCAGAAUGUAUUCAUUGUGUCCAAAAAGGAGUAGGAUGAAGCAUUUGCUUAUUAAAACCUUCACCCCCUUUUCUAUUCCUUAAUUAUAUCAGUCCGCCCUAUUUAACGAGUCUUCAUAUCAACAAAGAAAUAAAGUAAAUAACCAUAUACAUAAGAUGCAAGAGAAAAAUAAGGACCAGACAAUACAGAAACGUGAAAACCCCCUAUUAUUAAAACCCUUCUUCUUCCCUAUACCCUGUGCAUGUGCCACUUCCUAAACUGCUUGGACAUUGCUUGACUAAUUCCACAGCCUCACUUCACAAACAGAAACACAAAACUUUUUAAUGUAGUCCGUACCCUCUGAGGCUGUCAGUGAAGCUCCCCUCUCAAACUGUAUUGACCUUCUCUGUUAAAAGACAAUUUCUGGAAAUUGGCAGGAAAUGACCUGUGUAUAGCCAUAUACAUGAGCUGAGCUGUUUGAAAAUGAACCAAAUCCGUGACUUUUAAUAUUCUGAAUUUUAAAAAUAACAUAUUAGUAUGAUCCCUAUAACCAGCAUUAUGUACUAUUCUUAUGGCUCAUUUUUGCAAAAUGGAUAGUGAUUUUAUUCUACAUUUAUAAGUGCUACCCCAGACCUCUGCACAGUCGUGUAAAUAUGGCAGGAUUAAAGAAUGUGGAGCAAUUUAUUGUCAAGACUGUGUUUAGCUUUAUUCAGGACUGAUAUGCUUCUUGAUACUUUGUAUAUGUUUUAUAUGAGCUUCCCAGUUAAACUUGUCAUCAAUAACUACCCCAAGAAACUUGUUCUCAUAUAGACCCUUUCAGUUUCACCCCAUCUAUCUGUAUUCGUAUUUGACUAUAUUUAUUGUAUCUGCUAAAAUACAUGAAUUUGUUUUACUUAAAUUUAAUGAUAAUUUGUUUGUGUCAAACCAUGUCUUUAAACAGUUUUGGACCUAACACUAAACCCUGGGGGACGCCACAAGGAAUGUCAAAGCAUGAUGAUGAAUAGUCACCCUCUUCACCCACUGUAAUGCCACCCUCCUGAUCCCAUACUUUUCAAGCUUAUUGAUUAAAAUGUCAUGAUUAAUAGUGUCAAAUGCUUUCUUAAGAUCUAGGAAUAUUCCAACUGAUUGUAAUUUGUGAUCAAUAGCGUUACUGAUCUCCUCAACCGAUUCAAUUAAAACUAGUGAUAUUGAACUGUUUGCCCUAAAUCCAUCCUGACUGUCGAAGCAGUAAAUUAUAUUUACUUAUGAAUUUACCUAAUCUGUUGUUGAAUCAUUUUUCAAGAAUUUUGGAAAAUUGUGGAAGGAGGCACCACUUCACCUUUCAAUGAGGUUUACAUUCCACUCCUCAGAUAAACUUGCACCUGGAUUUUUAUUUAAAAAAUUUUUUUGCCAGAUUUGGUCCAACAAAGAAUACAAAGAAAUCAUUAAAGCUGCUGAAGAUGUCGUCCAUAUUAUUAUUCUUCACAUCAUUUUCCCCAAAGUAUUGAGGAUAGCUCUGUUGCCUAGCACCAUUUUUAAUAAUUCCAUUCAAUAUGUCCCAUAUUCCUUUAAUAUUGUUUUGGUUGUUAUACAAUAUUUUACUAUAGUAUUCUUUCCUACAUACCCUUAUGAUAUUGGUCAGUUUAUUUUUAUAUUUUUUUUCUGCCUCUGUAGUUCUUUGUUUUAUGAAUUCUCUAUACAGUGUAUUUUUCUUCUUACAAGCAUUUUGUAAUCCCUUCGUGAACCAUGUUCGAUCUUUGUACUUUUGUUUUCUGCUGUACCGUUGUAUUGGACAGUUAUUAUCAUAUAAUGAUGUGAAUAUAUUCUUAAAAACUUUUCAUAUACACAGUCAAUGUCAAUUCCAUUACGUACAUUUUCGCAAUUUUGUGUCAGUAAAUCCUUUUAAAAUGAGUUCAGAGUUUCUUCUGUCGUUACUCGCCUGUACUUGACAUUCUGCUCUGACAAAUUUCUUAACUGGGUGCCGUUAUAAACUGUAAAAAUUGGUAGGUGAUCACUAAUAUAUUAUUUUUUCAUUAGUCGUGCUUUUCCAGCGAUUUCACCGCUUUGCUUUGUCAGAUUCUCAUUCCUGAAUACGUUGGUGGUUCCCCUCAGCUUCCUUACUUGUUUUAACAGUGACAAACCUGAUGAUAACAUCGUUUGUCGCUGGCAGGCCUCGAUGUUAUUCCGAUCCACCUCAAUCCUUUUGGACUGGAAAAAAUCCCGUUGCUCAACAGAGCCGACAUCCUGCUCGCUGGGCUCCCCAACGUUAACGGUCACCGCCCGGGCGUAUGACCACGGCUUGAUCCGGAGCCCAGUUACGAUCACAUCGUUGAUCCUUGUGUGCUGCUCCAAUUCUGUCACUUGGCACUCCCAACUGCACCAGACGCCGGUCCUUCUCGGCAUUCUGGAUUCAGAGAGCCUUCACUCCUUCCACCAGGUUCAGGAUGGAUUUCUGCUGCAACUUCAAUCAGAGAAAUCUCCUCUGAUAGGAAGUCAAGAGAUUUCUUGAUAUCGCCGCCCUCUUUGGAAGUUAAUGCCUUCUUUUGGCCCAUUUUGCUAGGUGACGCUAAUUAGCUUCCACGUAGCCGCCGGCUAACUUUUAGUUCCAAGCAACAACACCAAAUCCGAGCAGAGAGGGCGAAAACGUGACAUCUAACUCCUGCAAUUCCUUCCAGAGUUUUCAAAAGUCACAAGAAAUUUUCGAUUCCAAUUGCAAAGGUCUGCAUUCACAAAACUGUCUAACAACUGUCAAGCGACGGUCAAACGACAAGCGGUUGGCGCCAUCUAUCCCAGUGCCAUCUGAUCGACAUUAGCCUCGGAUGCUGAUUAAAUAUUUCGGAACGUGACGGUCUAGAGCACCACAACAGUAUUGUUAAUUUUGUUAGCGGAACCUUGUCCUCAGGAACCUUUGUCUUUCCAAAAUACGGUACAUCAAAAUACUCAUCUGAAAUUACAACGAGUGAUGUCAGCACCAAACAAAUGCUAUGCUAGGACGUAACGAUUCCGGUCAAAGACACGCCAUCAAGAACUUAAACCCAAACCAUCUUAGAACCCGGUUCGUUACAUUAUUAUAGGAAUUAUUAGUAUUUUUAUUAUUCAGAUUUUGAUUUAUAUAUUUUUUGUUUUGCUAUGUGUAAUAAUGUAAUAACAUUGUAUUCAUGGAAAUAUAAUGUAUUCUUAUGGGAAAGUCCUGCUCGACAUACGACCAUUUCGACUUACAAACAAGGUCCUAGAAUGAAUUAACUUCGUAUGUAGCGGUACGACUGUACUUAGUAUUUUUGUUUUUCUUGAGUCUUUUAUUGCGUUUUCAUUGCCUCAAAAUGCUUUUUGCUUGUGUUUACCUCUCAUACUUUUAAGCAUUGUUUUCUUGUAAGCAGUGUUGAUCUAUUGACCACAUUAGUCACGUAGUGUAUUUAAACCACCCUCAUUGAUAUU